GGGUAACUCCUGGAGUUGGUGGGGCUCCAGGGUGGGGCCUCAGCUGCACCGCACCGGGUGACGUCACAACCUCAUAUAUAUUUUUCUUCAUAAGGGGGGAUGGACCGCUCUCUUUCUGGCUUGUCACCUAGGACUUGUCCCAGGAGAGGUUCAUGCUUAUUUCUUGUUAAAGCCACUUAUAAACAGGAAUUGAUAGCUUCUUUAAGUACACAAAAGAUUGUUUAAUCUAACUCGUGUUUCAGAUGAUUAUAAUUAUCCAUAUUUAUCAGAUGCUUGUUAUUAUCCAUAUUCAGAUAAUUAUCUUUAUUUAUUACAAGAGGUCUGAAAUUGUGUAAUGAGCUGUCCCAUGCAUAUUAGAUAAUUCCAGUCUUUAUAAACCUUUAAAUUGAAAUUGUAUUUACUAUCUUGUGUAAUGUAAUGCUGUUUGUGUUUUUUGUAUGUUGUGAUCAGAUCUGUGCCAUCAUCUACAUUCCACUGUCAGACCCACAUCAGGGAGGACAAACCUAAAGCAGUCCUGCAGAAACAUAUACUGGAGAAAGAAAACCUGCAAAGACUCAAAGACCAACACAAAACCAGUAUGAUGAUCAAGUAUGAGAGAUUAUUUGAGGGAUUGAAACUCCAAAAGAAUGAAACCCUCUUGAACAGAAUCUACACACAGCUCUACAUCAUAGAGGGAGAGAGUGAAGGAGUGAAUAAAGAACAUGAGGUUUUACAGAUGGAGAAAACAGCCAGAACAAAACACUUACAAGACACUCCAGUCUACUGCAAUGACAUCUUUAAAGCCUCACCUAAACCAGGAUGUGAGGAGAAAGACCAGAUCAAGACUGUUUUUACUAAAGGCAUCGCUGGAAUCGGAAAAACCGUCUCUGUACAGAAGUUUAUUCUGGACUGGGCAGAGGGAAAAAACAAUCAGGAUGUAGAUUUUAUGUUUGUGCUUCCUUUUCGAGAGCUGAACUUGAUCCAAGAUCAUCAGUACAGUCUUCACGAUCUGGACUUAAAGAUUUAUGAGCAGUGUAAAGUUGUGUUCAUCUUUGAUGGUCUGGAUGAAAGCAGAAUCACCCUGAUGUUUUCAGAUGAUCAGAAAGUUUGUGAUGUGACUGAGACUUCAUCGGUGAGUGUGUUGAUGUCAAACCUCGUGAAAGGAGAGCUGCUUCCCUCUGCUCUCAUCUGGAUCACCUCCAGACCAGCAGCAGCCAAUCAGAUCCCCUCCAAUAAACAACACUCAAUCAUCUCACACAUCAGAAGAGCAAGAAGCCUCCACAUUAUGUGCCACAUCCCCGUCUUUUGCUGGAUCUCAUCCACUGUGCUUCAGAAGAUCCUAGAAGAAGAUCUGAGAGCAGAAAUCCCCCAAACUCUGACUGAAAUGUACAUCCACUUCCUGCUGAUUCAGAUCAACAUGAGGAACCAAAAGUAUUAAGAGAGUGAUCCAGAAAAACUCCUGCAGUCAAACCGAGAAGUGAUUGUAAAACUUGCUGAAGUGGCUUUCAAACAGCUGAUGAAGAGUAAUGUGAUGUUCUAUGAGGAGGACCUGAUUGAGAGCGGCAUAGAUGUCACUGAUGCCUCAGUGUAUUCUGGGAUUUGCACUGAGAUCUUUAAGGAGGAGUCCGUGAUUAAUCAGAGAAAGGUCUACAGCUUCAUUCAUCUGAGUGUUCAGGAAUUUCUUGCUGCUUUCUUUGUGUUUUACCAUUAUGUAAUAAAAACAGAAGACACAUUGCAGUUUUGUGAUGUUAUACAUAAUUUACAUAUAAAUGCAGUAGAUAAAGCCCUCAAGAGUGAGAAUGGUCAGCUGGAUCUGUUUCUGCGGUUCUUGCUUGGCAUCUCACUGGAGUCCAAUCAGAGACUCUUACAGGAUCUAAUGACACACACAGAGAACAGCUCAGAGAGCAUUAGGAGAAACACACAGUACAUUAAAGAGAAGAUCAGAGAUGGACAUGGACUCUCCACUGAAAGAUCCAUCAAUCUAUUCCUCUGUCUGCUGGAAGUGAAAGAUCAGACUCUGUCCAGAGAGAUUCAAGAGUUUGUGAAAUUAGAAAAAAACUCAGAGAUGAAACUCUCUCCUGCUCACUGCUCUACAAUCUCCUACAUGCUUCAGAUGUCAGAGGAGCCACUGGAUGAGCUGGACCUCAAGAAAUACAACACAUCAGAUGAGGGCAGAAGAAGACUGAUACCAGCUGUGAUCAACUGCAGAAAAGCCAUUUUUGUUGGCUGUAAUCUCUCAGAUAAGCAUUGUGAAACUGUAUCAUUAGCUCUACAAACCCUAAACUCUGUCCUGAGAGAGCUAGAUCUGAGUAACAAUGACCUGCAGGAUUCAGGAGUGAAGCUGCUCUCUGAUGGACUGAAGAGUCCAAACUGUCAGCUGCCGAUACUGAGGUUGUCAGGCUGUAUGGUGACGGAGGAAGGCUGUGGUUAUUUGUCUUCAGCUCUGAGUUCAAACCCCUCACACCUGAGAGAGCUGGAUCUGAGCUACAAUCACCCAGGAGAUUCAGGAAUGAAGCUGCUCACACACAAACUGGAGGAUCCCAACUAUAAACUGCAGAUUCUGAAUGUGGAUAAUGGACAACAUUUAAGAAUCACCCCAGGGCUGAGAAAAUAUGUAUAUAAUCUCACCCUUGAUCCGAACACCAUAAACACUCAACUCGUGUUGUCUGAAGAGAAGAGGAAGAUCACACACGUGACAGAGCCGCAGUCGUAUCCGGAUCAUCCAGACAGAUUCGAUAGCUGUGAGCAGGUUCUGUGUGGAGAGAGUCUGUCUGGACGCUGUUACUGGGAGGCUGAAUGGAGCGGGAAGGGUGCUGAAAUAGUAGUGUCAUAUAAAGGCAUUAGAAGGAAAGGUGGGAGUGAUUGUUGGUUUGGAUACAACGACAAGUCCUGGAGUCUAUACUGCUGCGCUAAUGAAUUCACUAUCUGGCACAGAAAUGUGAGCAAUAAAUAUAUAUAA